AUGGGUGUGCGUGACCCCGUCACCUGCGAGCGGCGACGCCUCGAGCUCCCAGGCGCGCCCGCGAGCUCCGCGGGGUCACUCGGACCGAGCCGCCGGGUAUUUCUGAACGAGACUGAGCUCGUCUCGCUUAUCCGCGGCUCCAGAGCUCGGGCCCUACCCGACAGGGCCCUGGUGAACUGCCAGUACAGCUCCGCCACCUUCAGCACGGGCGAGCGCAAGCGGCGGCCACAUGGGGACCGAAAAUCCUGCGAGAUGGGCCUGCAGCUCCGCCAGACCUUUGAGGCCGCCAUCCUCACACAGCUGCACCCACGCUCCCAGAUUGACAUCUACGUGCAGGUGCUGCAGGCGGACGGAGGGACCUAUGCAGCUUGCGUCAACGCCGCCACACUGGCCGUGGUCGACGCCGGGAUACCCAUGCGGGACUUUGUGUGCGCCUGCUCAGCUGGCUUUGUGGAUGGCACGGCACUGGCGGAUCUCAGCCAUGUGGAAGAGGCUGCUGGUGGCCCCCAGCUGGCCCUCGCCCUCCUGCCGGCCUCUGGCCAGAUCGCACUGCUUGAAAUGGACGCCAGGCUGCAUGAGGACCACCUGGAGCAGGUGCUGGAGGCUGCUGCCCGCGCUGCCAGAGACGUGCACACUGUGCUGGACAGGGUGGUCCGGCAGCACGUGCGUGAGGCGUCGGUCUUGUUGGGGGACUAAGCACCCAGCCACGCACACCCAAAAUAAAGCCUGCCAGUCCACUGUG